CACUCACUCUCGACACAGAAUGGACAGAGAAUCUACAUUCCAUCGUGGUUUACCACCAUGGCCACCAACCACCACUUGAACCGCAAACCUGUCUCGCAAACCUCCCCCAACGGCACCAUCCGUGGGGUCAUCACUAUCUCGCCACCAACACCACCACCACGACCAUCCACAUUCAAAAGGCAGCAGCAGAAACGACAAGAACCAUCACCUCAACCUCACCCAUCAUCCCAACCUCAUAAUCCACCACCAGCAUAUACACCACGCCUCCCCAUCCGCUCCGCCACCACCCACAAUGACCACCAACGACCUACAAAAACCACCACCAUCCUACGCCACUCCCACGGCAUCGUCUUCUACCGCAGCAGCUCCACCUCGCUCACACUCUCCAUCUUCUCCACCACUCCGCUGCCCACCACCCGCACCCUCUGGCUCCAAAACAAAGGCUGGACCGGGAAAACCGGCAUGCGCACAAAGACCUUCCUCGGACUGACCGACUCCUGGAUUAAUGUCACCCCUACUAUCCCUAUCCGCGCUGAGCAAAUCGAUCCGGAAGAUGAACGCGCCUGGCAGAGGGAUAUAGCCAAGUUCCGAAAGUCCGCGCAAGGAGGGAUCCGUGAGCAUGUGCUCAGGGAGACGGUUGUAGUGAGGAUACCUGUUGAGGCGGGGGAUGGAUAUUUUCGGGUGGUGUUGUGUGGGGAUGAGCAGAAGAAGAAGGUGGUGUGUUAUAGUCCGGUGUUUCGGGUGUUGUCGACCACUUGGAGUAUGAGUUCGGUGCGGGGGGCGAGUUUGUCGACCUUACCGUUGGAGAUGGGGGCUUUGGUGGUCGGGAUGUAUGUUCAGUCGACUGCAGAGGCGGUCGUGGCGCCGGUUACAGAGGCGGUACAGAAUAAGGUGCAGCCUUAUGAGCCGGGGUGGGUGACGAGGACGGCGGCGGAGACGGCGUAUUCGGUUAGUGGGGUUGAGGAUAGGGUGGAUUCGGUGUUGGGGAUUGGGGAUGGGGAUGAGGAUGAGGAUGGAGAUGGGGAGCGGACGAGGGAUGUGCAGCUGGGGUGUCAGGUGGCGUUGGAGGAUGGGCCGGCAGCACCGUUUCCGGUGGAUUUCAGGGCGAGAGUCGAUGUGGAGGAGGGUGAUGGAGUGAGAUUUAGAUUGGCUAGAGUUUCGGAUAUAGUAUUGGAUAGGUAUCAUGGGUUUUUCUUUGGGUGGGUGAGGGUUGAGGGUGUUGGGGCUACGGCGCAAAGGGGACCUGAUUCCGUGGCAGGGCCGUGGCAGGGCAUCGUGUUGUCGAUGGUAUAUUGGGAUCCGACGCAGCAGACGAGAGUCAGUCUCUCGCAGGCCAUGAAGAAGGUCACGACCAUCCGCUUUAUCGAUGAACCUGCUGUGCCGUUUCGGGCUCAAGCUCGGAUUCAGAUCCGGAUCAUGGGAUUCCUUCAUCCUGAUGUGCCUCCCCCGAGAGGCCAAACAGAGCAGGAUCUCAUCACUGCUCGAGAGGCAGCAGCUGAGGCAGCCAUGUUAGCUGACGCAUGCGAUGUGUCCUAUGCGCAGAGUGUCCUAAAGCAUCCUGCUUGGGCAGCUGAUAGACCCAGAGUGACAGAAACAAGAAGUAGGGGCAGUAAUGAAGCCAGUAGUAGUGGAAGCGGGAGCUGGAUGGAUAGAACGAGAGAAGGCGUGCAGAACGUCAAGUAUCGAGGGCAGAAAUUGGCCGAGAAGAUUCCCUUGAAUCGGAUUGGUGUGAGAGCCCCGACGGAUGAAGCCAGGGAUAAGCAAGUUGCCGUCAAUGGGUUCUAUAUCGUCAGGGGGUGAUUUAGGAUAUGACUGUAAUAUGGGGUAAUGCUGGUUGUAAUUGAGCUUGAUCUGUUCGAACAAUCUACCGGGAGUUAAGUUUCAGCUUCGAUUUACUCCAACCCAGAUCUACGCAAACUGGAAAUUUUGGCUUUGAUGUCCAGCCCAACAUGAAGAUUGGAGAUUCUACUAUCAGUGGGGAGACCAUUCCUAAAGGGGGUCCACGGCCAAGG